GCAGGGCCACUCAUCCAGACACCUUGCAGCAAAGCAACCUCACCCAGCCUCUACACCGAUGUCUUUCUGUGCACACUGCUGCAGCUGUGGUCCCAAGAUGCCAGCUCUCCAGCUGCUGUUUCUGGCCUGCCUGAUGUGGGGAAUGGGGGCCAGGACAGCACAGUUCCGAAAGGCCAAUGAUCGGAGUGGCCGAUGCCAGUAUACCUUCACUGUGGCCAGCCCCAAUGAAUCUAGCUGCCCAAGGGAGGACCAGGCUAUGUCAGCCAUCCAAGACCUUCAGAGAGACAGCAGCACGCAGCAUGCAGACCUAGAGUCCACCAAGGCUCGAGUCAGAUCCCUGGAGAGUCUCCUCCACCAGAUGACCUUGGGCCGAGUUCCUGGGACCCAGGAGGCCCAGGAGGGGCUGCAGGGCCAGCUGGGUGCCCUGAGGAGAGAGCGGGACCAGCUGGAGACCCAAACCAGGGAUCUGCAGGUAGCCUAUAACAAUCUCCUGCAAGACAAGUCAGCUUUAGAGGAAGAGAAGAGGCGGCUGGAACAAGAGAAUGAAGAUUUGGCCAGGAGGCUAGAAAGCAGUAACCAGGAGGUAGCAAGGCUGAGGAGGGGCCAGUGUCGCUCAACCCAGCACCCCUCUCAGGACAUGCUGCCGGUCCCCAGUGAAGUCUCUCAGUGGAAUUUGGACACAUUGGCUUUCCAGGAACUGAAGUCAGAGUUAACAGAGGUUCCUGCUUCCCAAAUCUUGAAGGAGAAUCCAUCUGGUCAACCCAGGAGCAGAGAGGGAGACAAAGGAUGUGGAACACUAGUCUGGAUAGGGGAGCCAGUCACCCUGAGGACAGCUGAAACAAUCGCUGGCAAGUAUGGAGUGUGGAUGAGAGACCCCAAGCCCACCCACCCCUACACCCAGGAGAGCACUUGGAGGAUUGACACGGUCGGCACAGACAUCCGCCAGGUGUUUGAGUACAGUCAGAUAAGCCAGUUUGAGCAGGGCUAUCCUUCAAAGGUCCAUGUGCUCCCCCGGGCACUGGAGAGCACAGGUGCUGUGGUGUACGCGGGGAGCCUCUAUUUCCAGGGGGCUGACUCCAGAACUGUGCUCAGGUAUGAGCUGGACACCGAGACUGUGAAGGCAGAGAAGGCCAUUCCUGGAGCUGGCUACCACGGACAGUUCCCGUACGCGUGGGGUGGCUACACAGACAUCGACUUAGCGGUGGAUGAGAGCGGCCUCUGGGUGAUCUAUAGCACAGAGGAAACCAAAGGGGCCAUAGUCCUCUCCAAAUUGAACCCAGAGAACCUGGAACUUGAGCGUACCUGGGAGACCAACAUCCGUAAGCAGUCUGUGGCCAAUGCCUUUGUUAUCUGUGGCAUCUUGUACACAGUGAGUAGCUACUCUUCAGCCCGUGCAACCGUUAACUUCGCCUAUGAUACUAACACGGGGAUCAGCAAGACCCUGACCAUCCCAUUCCAGAAUCGCUACAAGUACAUCAGCAUGAUCGACUACAACCCCCUGGAGAGGAAGCUCUUUGCCUGGGACAACUUCAACAUGGUCACCUACGAUAUCAAGCUCUCGGAGAUGUGAAGGGCCUCUAUCCCUACCAGCAAAGGCUGGAAAAGGUUAAGUUCCGGGCUUCCAGGUGAAGCAGCUUCAAGGAGGGGCAGCCAGAUGCUGGGAGCUUCUCCUGCUUCUCGAGAUUUUGUUUGUCCAGGUCAAUGUACAGUUCCUCUCUAACUGAUACGACCUCGGGGCUUAUACAGUCACAUAUACUGUUCUUUUCUGUCAGCUUUCAAAGGGGUGUUUGUUCAUCUUUUAAAAAUCAUAUUGUGCAGCAGUCCAGAGAAAAACUAGAAGUAGGAUUGCUUCUUCAUGAAACCACCGCUUUUGCAAGCUGUAUGGUUACCAUAAGCCUUGCGAGGCGGCAGCAGUUCUAUGGAGGGACCGCACCUGUUAGAACUGCUCCUGCCCAAGGUCUAUUUACUCCAGCUGGUUUCUAAUGCUGCAGAUAUAGUGUGUAGUUGGGUAGUACUCGAACCCCUUUGCACUGUGAAAUAAAGUUAUCUUACACAAGG